UUGUUUGUCACCACAACUUGUGGACCUAUAAAUCCGGGUCAAUUUUCUUCCAAAAAUGUCCAUAGAAUAAGAGAGCUACAGUUUGCCACCCAAUUAUUCCAAUAGUAUGGCCCACACAUCAAUCAGUAUUCUGUGCAUUAAUCUGCAUCGUAUCCCACCCGAAUGCUUCUAAUUUAUGUGUUGACCGACCCUGUGGUUUCUCGUAGCACGUCGGACAUGGAGGCGAUCACUGGGACGAGACGCAGCAGGGGGUACCACAGCCUGGAGAUUGCCGGGGACGCGGAGACCAAGGGCGGCAGAAGAGCCUGGAUGAGAUGGGCGGCUCCAGCUGCCUGCGUGCUGUGUGUGCCUCUUCUGCUCCUCCUCGUCGGAGAUCAUUGGAGGCCGUCUUUCGAUUGGUUUCAGGGUGCAACGCACCCGAAAGGCUCGACGAGCGUUUCUUCCUCGGUCGUCCGGGAAGCAUCGAAGGACAAGCUUCUUGGCGGUCUGUUGUCUGCUGAAUUCGAGGAUUGUUCCUGCUUCAGCCGAUACAGGUCUGCAGCGUAUCGUAAGGCGUCGCCUCACCUUCCUUCUCCGUAUCUCGUCGAGAGGCUGCGCAGGUACGAAGCGCUCCACAGGAAAUGUGGCCCAAACACCGAGCUCUACAAGAAAUCUAUCGAGCGAUUGAAGUCGAAGCAGAGCAGCGCGGCCAUGGAGUGCAAUUACAUAGUUUGGAUCCCGCACUACGGCCUGGGAAACAGAGUCGUCAGUCUCGUCUCCUCGUUUCUGUACGCUAUCCUCAACGACAGAGUCCUUCUCGUCCACGUCCCACACGAACUCACCGACCUCUUCUGCGAGCCAUUUCCUGGGACUUCCUGGGUGCUUCCUUCGGAUUUCCCCGUCCACAACUUCCAAAACUUCGACAAGGACACCCCGCAGAGCUUCGGCAACAUGCUCCGGGACAAGGUCAUCAGCAUCGACAUGCGCUCCUCCGCCAACGCUACGUUGCCGGCCUACGUCUACCUCCACCUGCCAUGGUACUACAACGAGUGGGACAAGCUGUUCUUCUGCCAAGACGCGCAGCAGAUGCUUCGGAAGGUCCCCUGGCUGCUGCUGAAGUCGGACCACUACUUCGUGCCGUCGCUGUUUCUCGUCGAGGAGUACGACGACGAGCUCCGGCGGCUGUUCCCGGAGAGGACGACCGUGUUCCACCACCUGGUGCGGUAUCUUUUCCAUCCGAGUAACACCGUGUGGGGGUACGUCACGAGGUACUACCACGCUUAUCUGGCCAAGGCCGACAAAAGGGUGGGCAUCCAGAUCAGGAACCUCAAAAACGAGCCCGUUCCCUUCGAGACUUUGUUGGGUCAGAUCGUGAACUGUUCCUCCAAAGAAGGAAUACUGCCGAGCAUCGACCUUAGGCAUACGGCGAGGCCGGCUGAGGACGACGCUAAGGUGACGGCCGUCUUCACGACCAGUUUGGACUCCGGGUACUCCGACAGGAUCAGGGACAUGUACUACGAGCACGCGACCACCACCGGCGAGAUCGUCGGGGUGUACCAAGCCAGCCACGAGGGGAAGCAGCAGACGGAGCAUCAGAACCACAACGUCAAGGCACUGUCGGAGAUCACUCUGCUCAGCUUCAGCGACGUUCUCAUCACCACCGCCUGCUCCACCUUCGGGUACGUGGCUCAGGGGCUCGGUGGGCUGGAGCCGCUGAUACUGACGAAGCCCUGGAAAUCCAAACUGCCUUGCCGCUGGGCCGAGUCGCCGGAGCCAUGCUUCCUGAUACCUCCUCCCUCGGACGUGUGCCGAGACCAUGGCGGAAUCAACAAGAAGAUGGCUCAGCAUGUGAGGCAGUGCGAAGAUGAGAAUGGAGGCGUUAAGCUUUUUGAUUAGACUGUCAUAAAGAAACCAUACUCUUUCAAUCGCAUCGAUGUAAGACGAUAACGCAUCAUUUCAUA